ACCUCUCUUACCCGUAACGCGCGCGCGAGAUGCCGUCAUUACGGUGGCUUGCGUGCUCUUUGCUUGUGGCGCUCGCGGCCGCUGCGGAGGACCUCUCUGAAGAAGUGCUUAUCGGAUGGAAAGGCGAAACGUAUGACGCGGGGUUGACAAGCCUGCCGAAAAGUACAGAUGCAUCAAAGAAUGAAGCAGCGCUUAAGGACAUAGAGGCGAAGGCGAAGGCCGCGCUGGAGGCUGAAGAGGGCAAGGCCGUGGGCAAGGCGAACGGAACGCUGGCAGCAGCUGCGCCGCGCACCGAGCCGUGGGUCGAGACCAUCAGUUGGAACCCCCGCGCGUUCAUCCACCACCACUUCCUCACGCCGGAGGAGGCGGACCACCUGGUCGGGAUCGGGUCCAAGAGGGUGAGCCGCUCGCUGGUGGUGGACGCCCAGACGGGGCAGUCCCGGCUAGAUGACAUCCGGACCAGCUUCGGAGCCGCGUUCGGGCGCGGCGAGGACCCGGUGAUUGCGGAGAUCGAGGAGCGGGUGGCGGAGUGGACCCAUCUGCCGCCGGAGCACCAGGAGCCCAUGCAGAUCCUGCGCUACGUGGACGGCCAGAAGUACGGCGCCCACUGGGACUGGUUUGACGACCCUGUGCACCACGCCGCCUACCUGGCCGAGGGCAACAGAUACGCCACCGUGGUGCUGUACCUGUCGGACGUGGAGUACGGCGGGGAGACCAACCUGCCGCUGGCUGAUGCCAUUGACCCCGAGGCGCAGUCCCCCAAGGGCUUGUCGCCCUGCGCCAGUGCGUGGGGCAUCAGCGUCAAACCCAAGAAGGGCGAUGCGCUCCUCUUCUUUGACAUGGACAUCAUGGGCAGUGUGGGCGACCGGCGCACACUGCACACCGCCUGCCCAGCCAUCCGGGGCACCAAAUGGACGGCCACCAAGUGGAUCCACAACAAGCCCUACAUGGGCGAGUACGACCCGCUGGCUGCCGCCGCCCGCUGCGCCGACACCGCCGCCGACUGCCCGCAGCUGGCGGCGGCGGGCGAGUGCGAGAAGAACAUGGCGCGCAUGGUGGGCGUCACGGGCAUGUGCCGCGCCAGCUGCCGCGACUGCCGGCAGUGCGCCGCCGGCGACGUGCUGUGCCAGCGCUACAACAUGAAGAGCCUGGUGCGAGCCCGCGCCAUGCGGGCAGCAGCCGGGGUGCAGGCCGCCGCGGCGGCGGGGCAGGCCGCCAAGGCCUAGCCUGGCUUAGCGCGGCCUUUCGGACCUAGCCUGGCUUAGCAGUGAGCGCGGCCUAGACUGUUAUAGCCUGGCUGCGCAGUGAGGGUGGCCUAGACUGUUAUAGCCUGGCUUAGCGGGCGGUCUGGCCUGGUGCCAUAGGGGGAGGUCUAGCAAGUGGGCGGGUGGGCGGCUUAGCGAGCGGGCUGCAUUACCGUACUGCCAGGAAGUUUUUUCCAGUGCUAAGUUUUUUUCGGCUGCCAGGGAUUAAUAUUUAACGUUUUCUGAAUAACUUUUUUUGUUUGGGCGGGAUUUAAGUCUAAAAUUUUUCGGCGCAUGCUGAGGCCGCGCCGGCGUGCUCUGCCACACGCCGGCGCAGCCCCACCGCACGCCGGCGCAGCCCCACCAGACAGCAUACGGUACCGUACGCCAUAGGGAAACGACUCCCACUGCUCCAUUCCAAGCUCUCCGACCUAUCUGGCCCAGCAGCCGACCCAUUUCCGUCCAAUGCGCUCUAUGAUUGGGUGCAUCCAGAAACGUGUGGCUCUGCGUGUGUGACCAUCGGAACACACACGCGUGUGCCCCACCCCGCUGCCCUUCCCCGCGCAACCCCCAGUUUUCCCGCAGCUAUUACGUUUUUUUCAUUUGGAACGCAAAUUAUCAUUAAAGUUUUCCAAAUUAAGUUUUUUUUAAUGCCAAAAAACGAAUUAUGAAAAAUACUUCCUGGCAGUACGGUAUGCAGCAGCGUCGGCCGAGGUGUGGCCGUGUGGACGUGGGCAGUCGUGGGGCAGGUUGUCAGGUGGUGGGUGAUGGUGGGAGCACACCUGUGAAGCCAUGGCUAAGAUCUUGAAGGGCUGAUGAUGGGGUUGUAGCAUAGGGGCUGCAGCAGUGCGACGUCACGGUGCGACGUGUGAUGUGGAACCCAACCAGGAGAGGAGAAGCCAAGUGCUGAUCAGCUGAUGUGAGGAGCUUAGGAUGUUGGAAGAGCGUGGGAAGGAGCACGCUGUCAAAGAGACGAGCGAGCGCUUUGCGUGCGCGUGUUUAUUUGUGGAGGCAGCGUGCGUUGCGGUGCUGCGGCGCGUGCCCGCUCGUCCCAACUCCCUUCAUGGUGUGCACGUGCAUGCACCGGUCAUGACGUCUGUGGUUGGGGCUGUUUCGGGCCCAGACGAUGCCAGCACAUAGGCAUGGCACUUGGACGGGGUCAUCGGACUCCCACCGGAGUACGGACGGUCAGUGCUCAGGGGCUCCGCGAUGUGUGUGCAGUGUGCCUGCCGGGCGAUGACGGAAGCCAGAGUACAAACGCACCAGAAGGCGCGAAGUCAGCGCGCACGCGGACCUGCUGCGCCAGGAGCUUGGCCGCAUGGCC